UAAACCACAGAGAGAGAGAGAGAGAGAGAGAGAGAGAGACGGAUCGUAGUAGCAGCUCCUAUCUCCCAACCUCACGGCGACACGACCCUGCUCCGCCAUUUGAAAACAAAGGAGGCCAAGGCGCUGUUUUCCUGCAGCGGAGCGACUUUGAUGUGCUUCGAGUUCGAGCUGGCGGACCAACGUGGGCCGCACGGCAGCGGCCGGGCGGCGAAGGGCGGCGACGGGGCGGCGCCGGAGGGAAUGACGACAAUGGCGAGCCCGGCGGACCUCAUGUCGGGCUACUACCAGGCGCAGGAGAUGUCCACGAUGGUGUCGGCGCUGUCGCGGGUCGUGGCGGAGGACGACCCGUGGGCGGCGGCGUCCGGCUCCGGCUCCGGCGCGGAGGGCUGGGGCUGGGAGGAGCAGGCAAUGCACGCCGGCGCUGGCGGCGGCUACGUGCACGAGCUUGGGAGCUUCCCUUCUUCAGAGUUCGCAGGGUCGGACCAGAGCUCGGACACCCAGGGCCAGAGCGCGGCGACCAUGGAGGAACACCGCUCCCGCUCCCCGGCGGCGUCCAACGCGGCGGCGGAGGCGGAGGCGCCGCGCCGGAGGUACCGCGGGGUGCGGCAGCGGCCGUGGGGCAAGUGGGCGGCGGAGAUCCGGGACCCGCACAAGGCGGCGCGCGUCUGGCUCGGCACCUUCGAGACGGCCGAGGCCGCGGCGCGCGCCUACGACGACGCCGCGCUGCGCUUCCGCGGCAGCCGCGCCAAGCUCAACUUCCCCGAGGACGCGCGCCUGCACCCGCCCACCGUCGCCCCCGCCGCCGCGCCGAUCGCCGCGGGGUCGGCCUCGCCGGCUGUCUACGCCGCCGGCGCCUCCCAGGCCUCCGACUACCUGCGCUACCAGAUGCUGCUGCAGGGCAGGGGCGCCGCCGCCAACCAGGGCAACCUUCUCUCGUUCUACGGAGGCGCCGGCGGCGGCGGCAUGAGCAGCUCCUAUGGCGGCGGCGGCAUGAGCAGCUCCUAUGGCGGCGGCGGCGACGGCGGCGCCAUGAGCGGUUUCCUGGGCUCAUACUACUCGUUCCCGUCGUCCGCCGUCUCGGUGGCCACCGUGCCGUCCUCCUCCUCCGCGUCCUCUGCACCGGGGCACUACUACUCGUCGUCGCACGACUCGCAGCAGCAGCAGCAGCAGCAGGGCGACGCGGCGGCGGAGUGGAGCUGGGAGAGCGCGCUGGCGCCCUACCCGGGGACGGCGGCGGCGGCCUCCUGGUCCGGCUCGAGCCAGCAGCAGUACCACCCGCCGCACACCCAAUAGCGCCAGAGCCAACCAAGAUUCCGCGCCGUCUCCGGACGGACGGAAGAAUAAGGCGCGUACGGACGGCGACGGCGACGGGCAGCAAGCGGAAGGGAGCUCCAGAAUGAUGGCGUCACACUCGGGGUCGAGGGAUGGCAUGUGUUGAUUGAUGACAGCCGUGGGCUCGUUUUGUUGGUUCGUUGAUUAGUUUGGGUGGGCAGUGCCCAGUUUUUAGUACUUUCUGCUUUGGUUAUUGCUAUUACCUACUGCGAAAUUAAGCGAUGGAACGGAAGAGCGAGCGUGACCGACAUGCUUUUUUGCGA